GCGCUGUAUGCUUUUGGAGGGAGUGCGCGUCUGUUAUUUUCCAAGCCAAUUUAAUCUCAAGCCAUCAUUUCAAAGUCCGCGUGGACUUUUUCAAACUUGUUACCUCGCUAAAGCCAACCGUUCCUCGCUACUUUGUACCCUUUUUUCAACACUUCGAUAGCAAACCUCGGUUCUAGUCAACAUGUCGAUGAGAGGGCUGACCGUUUUCAUCGCCGACAUUAGAAAUUGUCGAGUGAGAGAACUUGAAGAAAAGCGAAUAAACAAAGAGAUGGCCAACAUUCGCUCGAAAUUCAAAGAGGGAAAUCUCAACGGCUAUCAAAAGAAGAAAUACGUUUGCAAGCUGUUGUACAUGUAUAUCCUUGGUUGGGAUAUCGACUUCGGCCAUAUGGAGGCUGUCAACUUGAUUGCCAGCACGAAGUACAGCGAGAAACAAAUUGGUUAUCUUGCAGUAACACUGCUGUUCCACGAAAACAGUGACCUUGUCAGAUUGGUCGUCAACUCCAUCAAGAAAGAUUUGGACGAUAUGAAUGAGAUUUAUAAUUGCUUGGCGCUUCAUGCUAUUGCCAACAUUGGAGGAAGAGAAAUGGCGGAAACCCUUGCCUUGGACGUACAUAGGCUUCUGAUUUCUCCUACUUCUCGAAGCUUUGUCCAGAAGAAAGCGGCAUUGACCAUGCUCCGUCUCUUCCGUAAACACCCUGACGUUAUUCCUGCUACGGACUGGGCUGAUCGUGUCAUUGCUCUGAUGGAUGAGUAUGACUUGGGCGUUGCUCUUUCCGUUACAACUUUGGUGAUGGCAUUCGCUCAAACUUUUCCCGAGGAAUAUAAAGGAUGCUAUGUAAAAGCCCUUCAACGUCUGAAGCGAAUUCUGAUAGACCGUGAUUUCAGCUUGGAUUAUAUCUAUUACAAAGUACCUACGCCAUGGCUUCAAGUUAAAUGCUUGCGCUUAUUACAAUACUAUCCUCCUCCAGAGGAUGCUGCUGUGCGAAAUGAAAUUAAUGAACUACUUCAGGUUAUUGUCAAUAACUCUCAAGAUACCCCCAAGAACGUACAGCAUAACAAUGCUCAAAAUGCCGUUUUAUUCGAAGCCAUCAACUUGGCAAUCCACCUUGAUAGCAAUUCCCAGAUCUGUAUGCAAGCAGCUGUGCUACUUGGCCGAUUCAUAUCCUCCAAAGAAACCAAUGUGCGCUAUCUUGGUCUGGAAACCAUGGCGCAUCUUGCAGCUUGUGCAGAUUCGCUAGAACCUAUCAAAAAACAUCAAGAGACCAUCAUUAUGUCCUUGAGAGACAAGGAUAUUAGUGUUCGACGUCGCGGAUUGGAUCUUCUAUACUCCAUGUGCGACACCUCCAACUCAAAGGUCAUCAUUUCCGAAUUGCUUCGCUAUCUCCAGAUUGCCGACUACACGCUUCGCGAAGAGAUGGUUCUCAAGAUUGCUAUUUUGACCGAGAAAUUUGCCACUGCUUACUCGUGGUAUGUUGAUAUUAUUCUGCAACUUAUUUCUACUGCUGGAGACCAUGUUGGCGAAGAAGUUUGGUUCCGCGUCGUUCAAAUUGUCACCAACAAUGAGGACCUUCAAGAAUAUGCCGCCAAGACGGUGCUCAAUUACCUUCGAUCACCUCAGUACAAUGAAACCAUGAUCAAAGUUGGUGGCUAUAUCCUCGGUGAAUUCGGUCAUCUUAUUGCCAACUCUUCUGGAUGCAGUCCCAUUGAACAAUUCACAGCAGUUCACUCCAAGUUCAGCCUGUGCUCACUGCAGACCAGAGCACUUCUUCUCACCACUUAUGUCAAGUUUGUUAAUCUCUUCCCCGAGAUUAAGAGUCAAGUGCUAACUGUGUUCAACCAAUAUCGACAUGUUUUGGAUUCAGAACUGCAACAAAGAGCUUGUGAAUAUAUGGCCAUAUCAACCUUGCCUACGGACGAUAUGCUUCAAACUGUCUGCGAGGAAAUGCCACCUUUCCCAGAAAGAGAAUCCACCCUAGUUAUCAAGUUGAAUCAGAAGCAGGGCGAUACAGAAGAUAAACGAGUAUGGGUUAUUGGAGGAAAGGAAGCUAAUUUGGAAAGGCGAGAGUCUAUGAAGGCUAGAAUGAGUUCGAUCGAUAGCAUCUCCACACCCACGUCCUUCACUGCACCUGAGCCUAGACCUGCCACCACCACCAAUGGGAAUUCGCACAUGAUGUCUGCCGAACCUGAUUUACUUGGUCUCGAUGACCUCUCUAUAUCAACUCCUAACAACGUACAAUUAUCUUCCAAUGAUGUCCCUACGCCUGGUUUUGAACCUGGCUAUCACAAAUUGCAGCGCGCUGCUGAAGGCGUUCUCUUUGAAGAUAUGCAUUUGCAAAUUGGUUUGAAGUCAGAAUACCACGGACACUUGGGUCGAUUGGCAUUGUACUUUGGAAACAAAACAGGGGCCACUCUGCAGAACUUCACUACCCAGAUUGAUAGCACUGAAGCACUCACUGUGAUAUCACCUACACCAGUGGCCAAUGUCGUGGAAGCUAGAUCUCAAGUACAACAGCUUCUCAACAUUGAAUGCAAUGAAUUUUUCCGAGAAUCACCUGGUCUCCGAAUAUCUUAUACAUCACAAGCUACUGGACCUCAGCGACUCUUCAUUAAACUACCGGUUGUUCUUACAAAAUUCAUGGAACCUAUUCAAUCCAUGGAUGGAAACAGCUUCUUCCAACGGUGGAAGCAAAUUGGUGGAGCUCCACGAGAAAGCCAAGUUGUUUUCAAGUCUGGAUCACAAAGUGGUAUCAGCAUUGAAUCGGUUAGAAAUAUACUGGAUGGUUAUCGGUUUGGUCUGUUGGAUGAUGUUGAUCCAAAUCCCUCAAACUUUGUCGGUGCUGGUGUCGUUCAUGGCGGUAAGGCAGGCAAAGUUGGAGCGCUCUUGCGCUUGGAGCCAAACAUGGAGCAGCAUAUGUACAGACUGACAGUGAGAACCACCAGUGAAAUUGUUUCUGAGGAACUUAGAAUCAUAUUGGAGCGAUCAUUGACUUACGAUGCUUGAACAAAAAUUGAAAGAUAAUAAAUAAUGACUUUGCUAUGAA